CCUUUCACGCGUAAAUCCUGGUAUACCGCUCCAAACCCGCGAUGGAGGUCUCCAAAAACGAUGUAUAUCGUUUGUUCUUGCAAGCCGUACUGUCCAGAGGGAUUCUCUCGGAAACAGUAGCAAAACUCUUGAUGGAACAGUGCUACAAAGCAGUCGUAGCCUCUAAUGAUCAACUCCAUCUUGGAAAUCCCAACUGGCAUGACUUCAUCAGAAACAUCAACGCGUCCAUCGACAAGCUCGACUUUGAAUUCCGACUAAUCCAAGAUGAAAACACAGGCAAAGUCUUCUAUGCCUUGGUCAACCGAAAAGGAGAUGAAAUCGCACAGGUCGCAACCGACUACAACCCAGCAGAAAUUGCAUUCUUCAAGGGUGUCGUUGAGCAAAUCAUGUUGGCACCCAACGAGUCCUACUCUGUCACCUCGCUCGCCGCACUUCGAGAGAUCAGCAUUUUGAAGCUCAACCUGUCCAAGGCUCAAGGAGAGUCUCUCCUGUCGAGUUUUGUUGCGAGGGGCUGGUUGAACCGGAGCAAGCGGGGAAGGUACUCCCUGGCAAUGCGAUCUCUUCUCGAACUUUUGCCUUACCUCAAAACGACUUACCCCGAUGAAAUUCUCGAAUGUACGAUCUGCGAAGAUAUAUUAACCCGUGGUGCGGCAUGUCCUCGACAAAACUGCAAAACCCGUAUCCACUAUCAUUGCUUCAGCCGAUACCGAACCAGCAAACAGGGAACCCUGACUUGCCCUGCAUGUUCAAUCCAAUGGCCUGACGAUGCCAAAGCCGAACCUCUUCGGCCGGUGGGUGAGGACGCUGCCAGAGGGGACGACGGCGGCAACCGACGCCGCACUCGGCAUCAAACACGGGAAACAGACGAGGAAGAGGAGGCCCAGCUUUCUGGAAGUGAAAGCCACGAAGCCGAGCCGGCGCAAACGCAAGUCAAGAAGGAGAAAACAACGAGGACUACUCGAAGAUCUUCAGGCCGAACUGGCGACGUGGAAAUGGAGGACGCCGGUCCCUCUCAGGCACCCCGCCGCUCCACUCGACGAGGGUAA